UGUUUCAAACAUAAAAGGUACCGCCAUAUCAUAAUCCACAUUACCGUCUACAUUUUAUAAGAACAAAGACAACGUCUGUCGUUAUGGCAUAAUAAAUUCUAAGAAAUUUAUCAUGGGUAACCAGACGCUUAGGUAAGCAUAUUUCAAACAUCAAAGAGGUCGCCGCAUAAAAAUGUCGUAUGAAUCUUAUCAUCGGAUGCCAGACGCUUAGGUCAGCAUAUUUCCAAAGAUGUUACAAUAUAUUAAUGGUCACUGCCGUAUGGAUUUUAUGAGAAAAAUGGCAACGUUGUCUUUUUUCACGCCUACGCGUUUUAUGAGAACAAUGGCAACGUUUGUCGUUAUGGAAUUUUAUUACAGUCUACCAGACGCUUAGGUAAGCAUAUUUCCGACAUUGUUUGUGUUGUACCUGUUUAAACCAACCAAAACUUGUCUAAACAAGAUCUUUGACCCCUAUAAAAGAACGUCACAUCAAAUUCAGGAUCAUUCACUCAUUAUCUUUUCCAAAGCGAUUAUACCAAAAACCAUUUGCUUGUUUAUUUCUAUUUGUUGUCCUAAAGAAUUUCUAAGACUUUUGAUAUAAAAUAAAAUGGAGCAAUUAAAGAAACAGUUGAACGAUCAGAGUACAUUAAAAAGAUAUUCAAAAUUAAGUGAUUUGGAGGAACACACGCCAUACAAAAUCAUAUCUAUGAAAAAUACAAGCACACGAAAUGGGGUUGUCGUUGUUGGUUGUCUAUUCAACAAUAUGAAUGUGUUUAUCCCGAGAUUGAAAUUAACUAAUGAAGAAAUCGAAGCUUACAAUAUCAACAAUGAUGAUAACAAAAUACAUUUAUUAUAUAGAGGCAAAAGUGGAAAUGCAUAUUUGUUUGAUUUUCAGUAAUUUGUUAAUAUUUUUCCUUGUUUUUUAAACUUAUUUAUAUAAAAAAAUAAAAAAAACUUAGUAUCAUAAACUUGUAAGAUUUAAAAUUCAAUAAUAUAUACUAUUUUUUUUAUUUUAUACAAUUUUGUCAUAUUUAUUUAAACUUUAUGCCUUUGUGUAUAAUAAAAGUCUAUAGUACUAAGCAGUGCAAAGAAGAGUUUUACACAUUAAAUAGCAAAUUUACUAUACGCUAUGGUAUUUUUAGCAGGUUGUACUAUGUAUGGCAUGUAGUAGGCUGUUUAUAAAAGUAGUAGGGACACUGUGUCGGUUUACCGAACAGCAUGUCCUGGAAUCGUAUAAUCUCGAUACAACAAGUCUGAACAUGUUAAAACCUGUCUGAACGCGUUCAAAUCCCUGUUCAUCCUGUUUGAACCCCGUCUGCUUGUGUUUACAACUGUUUGUAUCAUAUCUAACGACGAAAAUUUGACUAUUAAUUACUAUUGGGUUUAAAUUAGUUAAUAACUUCACCGUGGUGUAAGCAUAGCGCUCUAAUCGUUAUAAGAUUUUCUAUAUAAACAGACGUUACUUUAACUUGUUGGUAAUGUGUUAAGUCGAUAUUUGUAUACUUUAAGAAUGGCUGGUUCUCUCGCUACAAUUGCCAAAUUCUAUAACAAACAAACAUUUGCUAAACCCCAACCUCACAGUGAAUUAAUCGAUUGCACUGAUUACGUUUUGAAUUUCAAUCCUCGUAAAUUCGUUCAGAUAGGAUUGGAUCCAAAAGAUCGAUUUAACGUAACUAUUCGUUUACUAUCGUCAACCCGUUACAUACUUAUAACGAUAGAUUUCCUACAACGGAUUUAUACGUUGAUGGGUAAUAUUCUGUCGCUAAUUUUCGACCCUGUAUCAAGACAAAAGAUUAUUUUACUCAAGGAUGAAUACGUCACACUCUCAAAGACUACGUUUCAAGGAGAGUCUUCGCUAGUCUUUGAAUCACAAGCACAAGAUGAAUGCCGAGUGUUACUCACCCAAUCAGACAUUUUAAAACUCAGCGCUUUGGAAUGUUGUAUCUUUGAGACUAUCAAUCAAAAGAUGACUGUAAUUCAACCAUUGGUUCUACAACAGUUGGAACAGAUGGCUCAAUAUAUGAAAUCUCAGUAUGAAGUAAAUGUGGAAAACAAAUGUAUGUUGAUCAAUGCGGUUUCGGAUUAUACGAUUAGAAAUAGUUUACCCAAUAGCGAUCUGAGCUACAUAAGCCAAAUAAAACAAUUUGCGAGCCAGCAGUUGGAACAACGGUGGACGAUGCUGGAAAAAUAUACUAAAGAAAUGUCUUCUAACGGAGAAAACGUAUGCUCGACAUUUUUUGGGUCGCUGGCCGAUGAUAUACAGUUGGAACCAAUCAUACCAUCAAAUACAAAUAACCAAGAAAUACCAACAGUAGUUGUUAGUAAUAGCUAUCCGUCGUAAAACGACAAGUAUCUAAAACAUGUAUAUAAUUUAAAAAAAAAAAAAAAAAAAUUGUUUAAAAUAAACGUAUGUUGCAUUGACAUGUGCUAUUAUUAUUAUAUACUGAGACAUUGUGAAAAUCUCGUUUUCAACGUAACUUGUAAUUAAAAU